AUGCCGCUGAGUCCCAAGUCACGUGAAACGAAGACGGUGUUGGAUGCUUUGGGCAGCUUCAGAGCAGAUCUAGCAGCAAGUCAGAAGCAGGUACUCCGCAAGUUGGACGACGAGCUGAACCGGAUCAAGAAUGCUCCAUUUGCGAGUCCAGCUGCACCAUUUAUUCCCUCGGACCUCCUAGCCACUGACAUUGAGGAACCCAGCUUGCCAAUUCCGACAACUGUCCAGGCGGGCUCAUCAAGUAUGGUCGAGCUUGCGAGAGUUGACAGCUCUCCCAUCCACACUUUUGCAAGUUUGCCCAACGUUGCCCAAGAGCGAAAGAAGAAUAUGUCCUGGAUACACAAGCAUGAGUCAAGAGCCUCAAGAAAAGUCUCGACUUCGGAGGACCCCGACGAAGGACGCGUGUUUUCGCAUCUCAAUGCAGCGCAUGCAACGGAUCUUGUUAGGAAGGCCGCCAUUGAAACCUUCGAUUCCCCCAAAGCCAGAUCCAGUGGUUCAUCCUGUGCGGAGCGAAUCAACCGACAUCCAUUUUUCGAACGUCUGUCCUUGUUCAUGAUAUACCUCAAUGCGGUAUGGAUUGCGGUGGACAUUGAGUUCAAUGAUUCUGCUGUAGUAUUCGAAGCUGCUCCUAUCUUCGUUGGCAUGGAAGUUGUCUUCCUGAUUUUCUUCAGCGGUGAAGUUGUGAUUCGUUACAUGAGCCAUACCGGUUUCAAACAUGCUCUCAGAGACUCUUGGCUGCUGUUCGACUUCCUUUUGGUCAUUUUCAUGGUGCUCGAGACGUGGCUCGUUCCUGCCAUCGCUCUCCUGCUCGAGGGUACCGGUGGUGGAUCAUCGGCAGUCGGUCGAAGCGCUACAGUUCUUCGCGUCGCCCGUAUUCUUCGAGUGCUGCGGACUGCAAGGAUUGUACGAGUAGCCCGUUAUAUGCCAGAGCUGAUGAUACUGGUCAAGGGUCUUCUGGUUGCAGCACGGUCCGUUUUCUUUACUAUGGUUUUGCUGCUCCUGAUCACCUAUGUGUUCAGCAUCGCCUUUAUGCAGCUGAGCCUCGCUGACGAACAAUCGCAACUCACGGAGUUUUUUCCGACCAUGCCACAAUCGGUUCUAACCCUCAUUGUCUACUGCAUUAUGCCGGACCAGAAGGAGUUCUUUGAUAGGGUGUCAGGAAGUAAUGGGGAGCGCUGGUUCAUGGGUGCCUUAGUCAUUGUUUAUGUUCUGGUCGGCUCCUUGAUCGUGAUGAACAUGCUGGUUGGAAUAUUGGUGGAAGCGGUGCAGACAGUCGCGACCAUGGAGCACGAGCAGAUCCAUGUGGAUUUCGCAAAGAAAGUUUUGUGGGAGAUGAUGACGGAAGGCAAUGCAGAUCAGGAUGGUGACAACCGAAUCUCAGAAGACGAGUUCGUGAGGCUCCUGGAGCGGCCGGAAGCUUCCGUAGCACUCAUGCGCUUGGGUGUCGACACCUAUGCAGCGAUGGAGUAUGGACAGCUGCUUUUCGAGGACGGCCAACCAUUAACUUUCGGAGAGUUCAUGGAUGCGAUUCUCACUCUCCGUGGCUCCAAUCAGACCACUGUGAAAGACGUCGUGAACCUGCGGAAAUUCACGGCCGACGAGUUCUCGACCCUGCACGCGGUUCUCAACGACCUUUGCCAUUUCUUAGCAGGUCGUGGUAUGACAACAGGCUUUGCACGACGGUUGUCCACUCACUCCAGGUCGAGGGUGAAACAGUUUGAUGAAGUGUGA